ACGCUUGUUUAUGCAAUCUUCCAUCACUUCUGAGAAGAAAAAGCAAAAAAAGAAAGGAAGAGGGGCAAAAUAAGAGAGUUUCGUUCCAUUUCAUUUUGGAGUUUCAUCAAAAGAAAAAGGAACUCUUUUGCAAUCUUGCCUCCUAGCUUGUUUUGAACUCAAUCUUGGCUUAUAUCAGCAAGAUAGAAUUGAAUUUCAUCAUCAAUUUGAAGAAGUAGCUAGAGCUUAUAGCUAGUUGUGGAAAUUUGGAAAUUAUGGGAAGGCCACCUUGCUGUGACAAAGUUGGGGUGAAGAAAGGGCCAUGGACUCCAGAGGAAGACAUCAUCUUGGUCUCUUACAUUCAAGAACAUGGUCCAGGGAAUUGGAGAUCAGUUCCUACCAACACUGGUUUGCUGAGAUGCAGUAAGAGCUGCAGGCUUAGAUGGACAAAUUAUCUGAGGCCGGGUAUCAAACGCGGUAACUUCACCGAUCAUGAAGAGAAGAUGAUAAUCCACCUCCAAGCUCUUUUGGGCAAUAGAUGGGCUGCCAUAGCUUCCUACCUUCCUCAGAGAACUGACAAUGAUAUAAAAAAUUACUGGAACACCCACUUGAAAAAGAAGCUCAGAAAGCUCCAGACAGGGCUUGAUGGCCAUGACCACUGUAACAGCCAAGAUGGUUUUUCAGGUAAUUCACAUGAUCAGCCAAUCUCCAAGGGCCAGUGGGAGAGAAGGCUUCAGACUGAUAUCCACAUGGCCAAGCAGGCUCUUUGUGAGGCUCUGUCCCUUGACAAGCCACCUACUCAUGAUCUUCAUUUGCAAGACUUGAAGCCAUCCAUUAAUCUUGGUUACAACAAUAAUGGUCAACCUAACACAAACACUUGUUCUAGGCCUCACCAAGCUUCCACUUACGCAUCCAACACCGAAAACAUUGCGAAAUUGCUCGAAAGCUGGAUGAAAAAUUCACCAAAAGGACCUUCAUCAGCUCAAAAUCAUAAUCAAACAAACUCAGAAACCAAUCUUCAUCAGAUCAGUUCCUUCAAAAACAAGAAGAACACAGCUGCAGGUUGUUCCGCGAGUACUUCUAGUGAAGGGGCACAAAGUGCAACCACCACACCAGAACAGGCUUUUGAUUCCUUGUUCAGCUUCAACUCAUCCACAUCUGAUGUGUCUCAAUCUAUGUCAGUGGAUGAGAACAAUGCAAAUUUCACAGCAGAAACAAGCUGCCUGUUCCAAGAUGAGAGCAAGCCCAAUUUGGAGGGACAAGUCCCUCUCACAUUGCUGGAGAAGUGGCUCUUUGAUGAUGCUGCGCCUCAUGCUCAUGAAGACCUAAUUAACAUGUCAUUAGAGAACACAUCCGUCUUGUUUUGAAAGAAUAAAAAAACACGAUCAAGUGCUUCAAUUAGGGUUUCUUUUGUUUUCUCUGGAAAUUAGGCUUUGUGCUUUUAGCUAGCCUUGGUAGUAUUUCUUUUGCUUUUAGCUUUUUGCUUUUUCUUCUAGCCUAAGCAGAAAGAUAACACCCCCUUAAUGCAGGAACAGAAAAGUGUAAAGUCAAAGUAUAUCUAUAUUUACGUAUCUGCUUUUGUUCUGAAGAAUAAUGAAUUAAGAUGUUUUUUUUUUUAUGGUCGCAAUUUUCAUCCACCUAGAACAGGAAA